GUUUUUCCACCCCAAAGUGCGUUUUUUCUACUAAGUCCAUUGAUUGGAACUCAAAACUAGCAAAGAAAUAACGAUACACCAGAAGCCGAUGACCGUUAAUAUGGCGUCCUCCUCUUCUCGUCUGGAGCUCGGUUAUUGGAAGAUUCGAGGUCUCGCCUCGAAUCUGCGGUACCAACUCGCCUACGGUAAGAUUCCCUACCAAAACGUUGUUUAUGAGCAGGGGGACGCGGCCAGCGGGUUUUCCAAGAAAGUGUGGACGGAUGUGAAGUUUUCGCUCGGAAUGCCGUUUCCCAACCUCCCGUACCUGAUGCACUACCAUCAAGGCUUGUUGACCGAACAACCAGAAGAGACGAUAAAGCAGGAAAAUCAGUUGUCCGAAGAUCAUGAUGUGAAAAUUUCCGAGACGCAGGCGAUCCACCAGUAUUUGGCUGCGAGGUUUUCACCCACUCUGCUCGGCCAGACCCCGAAGGAGAUUGGGGAGAUCAACCAGCUGUUUGGAGUUCUUGAAACGGUAAAGAACCAGUGCACGGGCGUUUGCUACCGCGAAAAUGCAGAGAGAGCAGCGAUUGUGGAGAACGCGAGCCCGGGGUUUCAGCGGAUGUCGGACUACCUGGAACAAAAAAUACGGACGCAGGAGGGACAAAACAGAUCGACUUUUCUCACCGGGGACGAGGUAAAGUGGGUGGACUUUUACUUCCUGGAGCUAGUGGAGCGCUUCAACUGGCUACUGGAGGACAAGCUGGCGGAGAAAUAUCCAGUCUUGCAAGAAUACCGAAGGCAUAUGGCCUCGUUGCCCGGUGUGGCGGCGCAGCUGGAGGCCGAGUUAGAGUUGGAAUUCAACAACAAACACUCCGUCGUGAACGGGAAGGCGUACAGGCUGGCUGUGUGAAGAAAAUUUCACCGGAUGACUUUUUGUACACAGCGACAGUUUGUUAGCCGGAGCGCAUCGAUUCCUUUUUUCGUGGGUACAGGCCAAUGUAUACGAUUCCGAUUGUUUUUUCGGAAACUAUGUGAAAGUAGCAAGAAGUCGUUGAUCGGGUGUUCAGUGGGAGUGAACUCUAUAUAAUUGGGAGUAGUUGAAGAUGAAAAAAAGUAUCCAUUUGAAAAAAGUGUGGUCAGGAAUUGCACACAGUC